AUGAAAAAAUAACUAUAGUUGUUAGAGCAAUCAAAGAAUUAAAGUCAAAGUCCGAAUCUGCUUCACGCUGCUAAAAACUAACAAUCUACCAAACAGUCUAAGAAUUUCAAUCCCUCUCUUGGGAAACAGCCGAUGUCCCUCGACUUUUAUGAAAAAAAUCUCACCGAUAUUAAAGAUAUUUUGAUAUCAUCAGCUAGAGAUGAGCAAAUUUAAUAUAAACAAAGAGACAACAAACAUAGAAAGCAAGCUUAAUAAUUCUAAAAGUAGCAAGGGUCUAAACCCAUGAUAUUAAGUAAGGCUGGCGAAUAUGACACAAGUCUUAUUGAUAUGUCUAGAGAUGAUGGAGAUUUCAUAAGAACUCAAGGGAAUAUGACUAAAUUAUAAAUGCUAAAAUGUGAACUUAUUGAUGAGGAAAAGUAAAGCAACGGAUAUACAGUUUAAUGUAAAAAGGAAAAGGAUUAGACAGGAACAAGUAGUAAUUGCCGUAAUUUGAUUUAAUAGUCGCGAAACCAAAAUUUGGAGUAGAGGUAUAGUGAGAUGAAUACCACAUAACAGAUGGCUUAUACACUUAACAAUAACAGCUUCAAUUAAGAGGAACCUUUAUUGCAACUAUUUCCUCUUCAAAGUCUUGAUAACAAUCAAAUGCACUCUCCGCAACAGCAAAUUUUUCAGUUUUUUUCUCCAUCAAAACUUUUAGCAAAUAAUAAAAUUGAUAAGAGAAAUACUUAAAAUUUUAUGGAAUUUAAGAAAAGCUUUUAAAAAAACAGUAAAACUUAAAGAGAAGAAGUCAACGAUAAUGAGGAAGAAUUGAUUAUAAUAAACGAUUAAACUCACAAAAAUUCUGAAAAAAUAUACAGGAACCACUUAGAUGCACCAAUAAUUUAAUCUGUUCAAUAAUCUAAAAAGAUAUUGGUUAUAGAUACUAUUGAAAACCCAGAGACUAUAGCUCAUCUUUAAGAGAAUCUAAAUUCUAAGCUGUAUAAAAAUGAGACUGACGAUUUCUAUAUGUCUACUGAUAGAUAAGGAGGACCUCUACUUAAAAAUGAUCUGGUACGAGAUGUUCUCCGAUAAUCUAAAAAUGAAUUCAGUUCUGCUGCUUAACUUAGUGAAAUUCAAUCAUAGGGAGAUUUACUUUAGCCAAACUCGCUAUCUAGUCUAAAACAAUCUUAGAUUUAGACCAAGAAAAACUCGCCUCAUAGAAGACCAGCAUCAUAAAACAAAGAAAGAAGCUCUUUCAAGAAAAAGCAUAAUCUACUCAGAAAUGAAUCAAAUAAUUCUUCUGAAUUUGAAGAAAAUGCUGGUGUGACUAGUGGUUAUGAGAAAAACUAUUAAUAGAAGAGAUUUUUGAAAAAAGGAGAGGAUUAUGAUUCCUAAAAGCCUAGUUCGGAAUAAUAGAAACAGGAUAGACUAUAGGCUGUGAGCUCAAUGGAUAGUUAAUAUGAUCUGGUGACUCUCUAAAAUAUAUAGCCAUUCACCAAAAAUAAAAACGUACUAUUAGAGCUUAAUUUAAGACUUGUGAAUAUGAAAGAUGUUGACCCUUAGCUUUUCAAAUCAAAUAGAUAUUUGAAAUACAUUGAUUUAAGAAACAAUAGACUAAAGGAAAUCCCUGAAGAAAUUGGAUAGCUAUAAAAUCUCUGGAAGCUUAGAAUAGAUUACAAUUACUUAACAUAAUUACCUAAAAGUCUAAGCUAACUUGCAAGACUUGAAUAUUUCUCAGCAUCUUAAAAUAAACUUACAUAUCUACCUGAUAACUUGUUUCAUGCUAGCUCUUAGAUAUCUGUAUUGAUAUUAAAUGAUAAUAAAUUACGAGAUCUUUAAAAUUCAAUCAACCAUUUGCAAAACCUAAAUGUUCUACUUCUCCAUAAUAACCACCUUACUGAGCUUCCUUUUUCCUUAUGCAAUCUUAAAGAGAUUGCAGAGUUUAGCUUAGAUUGGCUAGCUUAUAAGGAUAUUAUUAAAACUUCGAACCGCCAUUUGAAAGGUACCAAUGCUAGGUAGACAAUAACAGAUUUUUAGAUGUUUCUAAGAGCCUUUUAACUUGUUGCAUAACUUAACAAACUACCAAUAGAUAAAGUGCAUUUCACUCAUUUCUUAAUGUACUUUCAUCGCUUAACUAUUGCAUCAGAUAUCUAAAAUAUACUAUAUACACAAAAAAGAAGAACAAUAUUUCACCUAAUGGCACUUAAUGGACAAACUUAUCUAUUCUAGGAUAUUAUAGAAAACUUUUCUGAUUUGUAUUUGGACAUUAAUAAAACUGACAGUGAUGAGUCAACUCCAUUUGUGCUUGCUAUCAGAAAUAAGAGAAAAGAAUUUGUGAAAUAUUUGUUGACUCUGCCUUUGACAAACAUCAACAGACCAAGUCAAAAAUAUGGUCAUCCUUUACAUCUAGCUAUCAAAAGUCAUGAAUUUAAGCUGGCGUUAAGAUUGCUAAAAGGUUGCUAGAUGAUUCAUCAAAGACACCUCGAUGUCAAUAAUGUUAGUGAAGAUGGGAAUAACUCAAUGCAUUACUUAUUCUCAAAUUUCUAUAUUUAACCUGAGAUAUGCACUGAAAUAGCUAAACAACUUAUCAAACGAGGCAUCAACAUUAAUUUAAAGAAUAAAAAUGGCUAUUCACCUCUUCAAAUCGCUAUAAUAGGUGGCUAAAAUGCAGCUUUACAAUUUGCAAUUGAUUUCAAUAAAGCUUAGAGAAAGAACGAAAAAGACACUUAAAUCUUCAAUUUCAACCAAAAGGGUGGGAAAUUGAACUAAAAUUGCUUAUAUCUGAGUAUAUAGCAAAAUAAUAUAAGAGUCAUAUCCACUAUAUUGAACAGUGAUGAAGUUAUGGAUUUCUUGGCGGUUGAUGAUGAGGGAAGAUUUCCAAAGGAUAUAUGCCCUUAUAAUUCGCCAGUUUAUAAGCUUUUGUGCUAAUAUGAGAAAAGAAUUCACAGAAAGUUAUAUGAUCUUAUUCAAAGUGAGAGUCAUAACGCAGAUAGCAAUGGACAAUAUUAGGAGACCAAGCCAGAAGUUGUCUAGUAUUUCUUAAAUAAGAGAAACUAUGAAAGUCCCUAGAAAAUUAGAAAGAAAAUUUUAGAGAAAGCCUAGCAAUAAUAAGAUAAAACAGCUAAAAAGAGAAAAAGCUUCAUUAGAGGUAAAUCUUAGAUCAAUGCAAAUAAGUUAAAUGAAAAUGAUAAUUUUUAGCAAAGCAAAAAUAACAAUGAAAGCAAACAAGGGCAUCACAGGUUAUUUUCAGCAAAUUAAAAAGGAUCAACAGAUAAGAUCAAUCUAGUAUAGGACUUGGAAUCAUCUGAGGAUGAAUAGGAAGAUGAUAAUAUGAACUUCAAUGGCAACUCCCCGAAUUCUGGAGGCUUGAUGAGUGUUAAUUUCAGUAUGGUUUCAAGUAGAUAAAAAUAGCAGGUAAAACCCUCAAUUACUCCUUUAAUGCAAAAAGAGUUAAGUAUCGAUGUCUUAAUGAAAGCUGAGAGUAAGUAUGAAUUUCAAAUUCCAACCAUUUCAAGUAAAGCUCAGCUUUAAAGAAAAGGAAGUAUCACCUCUUCAGAUGAAAGCUAAGCUUCUAAAACAGUCGAUAUUGGAAUGAGAGACAGUGAUGAAUUAAAAACUCAUAGAGAUAAUGACUAUGGCUUCACAAUAUAAUAUUAGCAAGUAACUUAGUCUACUAAACAAAGAGUUUUUGCUUCAAAAAAUAAGAUCUAGAACAUUAAGGAUAAAUAAGAGAGCAUAGUUAAAGAAAAAUUUGAGGAUGAUGAAGAUGAUGCAAAUGUUCCAGAAGAAGAAGGAUCAGGCGAGAAUGAACUAUAAAAACCUUAAACAAGGCUUUUCACAAAAAGUCCAUCUUAAAAGGCAUUCUUUCUAAAUGAAAAUUUCUAAGAUCCAGAUAUGAUUUUACUGGCUAAAAAUAUCCUAGAUGAAGUCAGCAAGAGUCAAAUUAAGUAUCAGCCUCACCACCUCAGCAACAUUAAUCAUUUGCAACUGCAUGGAUACCCUACAAUCCCUACUCAAGAAAUGAUUAAUAUGACAAGUUAGGUGCAGCUAUAAAAUUAAUCAAUGAGUGCUUUUCCAGAAUACAAUGUGCAGUUAAGUGACGCUAGUUAUAUUUAUCAGGUUUAGGACGACUCUAUAGGGAUUCAAGCGCCAUUUGACCCAUCCAAAAACAUCAAGAUAGGUGUUGGUCUUCUAAAAUCAGCCAAUCAUAAAUUCAAUGAUAUCACUUAAAUUCCAGUUAAAAAUGACUACCAAAUCUAUGAAGAGUUCUAUUACUUACUUGCCUCUAGCAAUUAUACUCAAUGCAUGCAGUUCUUACUGGCAAAUAUUGAGAAUGGGAUUAUUCUUUCUAGAUACUUUAUAGAUUUUGUGUAUAUACUAUCUUUACAGCUUAAGAUAAAAAUGAUACAAUAGUUAAUGUUCGAAAAACCUGAAACUGAUCAGAAUGAAAAAAGAAUAAGCAAAAACCUUUAUGAGCUAUUCAUGUUUGAGUUGAUAAAUAAUCAUGAGGUUAAAAUCUACGAUAGUCUUUAAAAAUAUUCAUGUGUAACUUUAAGACCAAGUUCGAAAUAAAUUAUGAUUCUAGAUUAAAAAUCUUCUGAAAAGAUGAAGACUGUUUAUGUUGAUGGUCCAAUCUUAAAAGUAUAACUUAAAAAGUCACCAUCCUUAGUAAUUAAUGAAAAUAUUGAAUUCAAACAGCAAGAAGUUGCAACUAAUAGAAGUAACGCAAGUUAAAGUAAUAAUAAGGAUGUAGGGUCUACUACUCAAUCAAUCAAUAAAGGACUAACCCCAAAGCCUCCUCUUUUUGACAUCAAAUAGAUGAUUUAAGGUAGAAAGAGCUUAGACUUUGAGAAGAAUUCUAAAACUCAAUAGUCAAUCAAAGGCUAGGAAUUUCUCAAGCAAAUUAAAAAGCCUCUUUUCGAUAGAGAAUAAGAGAGAAUGAAGGAAUCAAAUGAUAGUUUUAGCAGAAAAACGUCACUAGUUAAUAAUUCAUCUUAAAAUAUCAGCAAGAAAAAUAGUGUUACUUAAUUCUAAUAAAAUUAUCAGGCUCUAUUUAAAAAUAGUACAACUCAGAUGACUUAAAACAAGGUAUUUUCAAUUCAUGCUCUUAAUUCGAACUCCUACAGAAAAAUUCAACAGAAAGGAGCUGGAUAAAAAAUAGUAAUGAUUGAGAAAAAUAAAAAGCAUUUAAAGCAGCUUGAUAUUAAAAAGACCCCCGUCAAUGAUAAUAGGAACAAAUCUGCAUUUAGCCAGAACAAGGUCAAGAAAUAUCUUGCUACACCGGCAAACAGAAAGACUACUGCAACUGCAAUAAAGUAGAUAGAUAGUCGAAUGAAAUUGGUUGAUUAUUAGAUAAAUAGCCAAAGAGACUCCAAUUACUAUAAAUUGGCAAAUUUCAGUGCACCCGGCAAGUAAAGAAAGAGUAAUAACUCAAAUAUCUAAAGUAGAAACUCAUCAAAUAAGAUUUUUAUGACUGAUGAAUCAAUGGGUAGAAAUAGUGUUAAGCAUAGUCAGCAAAAAGAGGAAGAUAUUUACACUGAAACCAAAUUUUAGCUAUCUGAAAAGGUUAAGAGAAGAGACCAGCAAAUAAAUCCAGUAUUCAGAGAUUCUAAACUUCAAAUUCAACUUUUUAGCUAAGAUGAAGAUGCAGAUUUCUGUCAUGAAACACUUAGAUUAAGGGAGCAUCUAGAUGUGCUCAAGGACAGUCAUAUUAAUAAAAUGGAUAAGGUGCAUGAAUCAGCAAUCAAGAGAAAAUAAAUGUUUAGUUCUCAUAAUUACCCAUUUGACUAAAAGAAAAGUAUUACUAGUUAAAGCAUAGAUAAGAAUAAAUAUAACAGUAGCAAAAAUAAAAUCUAAAAUUAAGUUGAUAAUAAUAUCACGGAUUCUAGUGACUCGCACUUGGAGAAAAAAAUCAAGAGUCUGUAUAGAAACUCUGAAUAGCAUAAACCAAAGCCAUCCAAUGUAGAGAGCUAAUUAGCUCAAGCCUUAACCACCAAGAAUUAGACUACUAGAACUAUGCCUUACUAGCAAGAUAAACUAUGGAAUAGAAAUACCAAUAUGACAUCAAAGAACAAGAAUAAUAACAUGCUCUAUGGAAAUGAUGACCUUUGA